AUGGCCCAAACGAAGAACUACCGGAUCGAGACCCGGAGCGUGCACGCCGGCUCCUCCGAGAACCUGGCGGGGGCGGUGGCGCCGCCGAUCCACCUCUCGACCACUUUCCGGCGGGAUCCCGAGGGGAACCUCGCUUCGGACUUCAUCUACGGACGCAGCGGCAAUCCGGAUCGGACGGCGCUCGAGCGGGCGAUCGCCGACCUGGAGGGAGGCGCGGAGUGCGUGAGCUUUGCCUCGGGACUCGCCGCCGUUCAUUCGCUUCUCCUGACCCUCUCGCCCGGAGAUCUCGUCCUGGCGCCGCUGGACGCCUAUCACGGGACCGUGCGCCUCGCGAAGGAGUCUCUCGCUCGCUGGGGGCUCCGGACCCGCUUCACGGAUUUCCUGGACCCGGAGGACGUAACCGCCGGCCUUGACGAACGGCCCGCGCUCGUCAUUCUGGAGACCCCCUCGAACCCCACCCUGCGAAUCACCGACAUCGCGGCCGUCGCCGCCCGCUGCCGCGCCGCGGGAGCGCUGAUCGCCGUGGACAACACCUGGAUGACACCGGUUCUUCAGCGGCCACUCGCUCUCGGCGCGGACAUCGUGAUCCACGCCACCACGAAGUACUUCGGCGGGCACAGCGACGUAACCGGCGGAGCGGUCGUGCUGCGGGAGGGUCUCGAACUCGCCUCCCGGCUGCGUUUCGUGCAAACCGAGACCGGCCCGGUGCCAUCGCCGUUCGACGCCUGGCUGCUCCGCCGAGGGAUGAGAACCCUGCCCGUCCGGAUCCGGGCCCAGUCGGCGACCGCGGGAAAGCUCGCGGAGUUCCUGAGCGGCCAUCCCCGCGUCGUCCAAACCUUCUAUCCGGGGCUCGCUUCAGAUCCCGGACACGAAGUCCAGACCCGCCAGGGGGACGGUUACGGCGCCAUGCUCUCCUUCCGGGCCCUCGGAGGAGAGGAUCACGCGAAGGGCGUGCUUUCGCGCGUCAAGCUCUUCACGCGGGCAACAAGCCUCGGCGGCGUCGAAAGCCUGGUAGAGCACCGCGCGCUCGUCGAGGGACCGGACACCAAGACCCCCCGCGAUCUCAUUCGGGUGUCCGUCGGAUUAGAGCAUCCAGAUGACCUGAUCGCCGAUCUGGACCAGGCGCUGGGGUAG